GUGGCCGCUGCCGUUUGUCCCGGCGGGAGCGGCGGGAGGGAAGCGGCGGGAGCGGCGGCCGCGCUCGGCAGGCACCGGCGGGACUGGAAAGACUCAGCUGUUGUUACCACAAGAACUCCUGAAACAUGGUGGAUUAUUAUGAAGUUCUGGGAGUGCAGAAGCAUGCCUCAGCAGAGGAUAUCAAAAAAGCGUACCGUAAGUUGGCACUGAAAUGGCACCCUGAUAAAAACCCAGACAAUAAGGAUGAGGCAGAACGGCAGUUUAAGCAAGUAGCUGAGGCCUAUGAAGUCUUGUCAGAUGCUAAAAAACGUGACAUCUAUGACAGAUAUGGAAAAGAAGGCCUAAUAAAUGGAGGUGGAGGUGGAAAUCAUCAUGAUAGUCCAUUUGAUUUUGGAUUUACAUUCCGCAACCCAGAUGAUGUCUUCAGGGAGUUUUUUGGUGGAAGGGACCCCUUUUCAUUUGACUUCUUUGAAGACCCUUUUGAGGACUUCUUCGGUGGCAGGCGGGGUCAGAGGGGAAACAGAAGCAGAGGUGGUGGUGGAUCAUUUUUCUCUGCCUUUGGUGGAUUCCCUGCUUUUGGAAGUGCUUUCUCUCCAUUUGACACAGGUUUUACUUCGUUUGGCUCCCUGGGACAUGGAGGCCUUACUUCAUCAUUCUCCUCUACGUCAUUUGGUGGCAGUGGAAUGGGAAACUUCAAAUCAGUAUCAACCUCAACUAAAAUAGUUAAUGGCAGAAAAAUUACUACAAAGAGGAUUGUUGAGAAUGGACAUGAGAGAGUAGAAGUUGAAGAAGAUGGCCAGUUAAGGUCGCUAACAAUAAAUGGGGAGGCAGAUGAAGAGGCCUUUGCCGAGGAGUGCAGACGGAGAGGACAACACGCGCUGCCCUCCCAGCCCAGCAACCUGCGCCUGCUGAAGCCCCACAAGCCUGGCAGCUCGCCCCGCUUCGCACAUUACAGUAGUGAUGAGCUGGAAGAGCAGGACAAGAGCCGCGUUAUGAGCAGCUUCGAGACCCCUAUUUAUUUAUCAGGAUACAAAGAAGGCAGCAAGAGGAGGAAGCAGAAGCAGAGAGAGGAACUGAAGAAGAAGAAGUCAACCAAAGCGAGUUACUAAAAUGGACUUCUCUGCUAUGCCAAUACCUUUAAAAUAAUGACAACAACUUCAUGUACCUUCGAGCACACCUCUUUUUUGUGUAUAUUUUUUGAUUGUUCACUGCUACCAAGGAAGUGACUCAUGUUUAAAACUGUACUAAAAUUGCACUAUGUUAUUCCUUUUAGUUUCACGGAGUGGCUUUCUUGCCCGUUCAGGUUGGGGAAUUCAGACGAGGCAGGUCGUGGUUAGACUGUGUCAUGUUGGAAGAUUGGAAAGAGUUACAGAAUUUCUUACCUCUUCCUUCCCUUGGACUAAGGCAACUCUAGUCUAGUGUUUGUUAUUUGUCUUGUAGGAUAUAAAAGGCAAAUACCUGCUUGUUUGGUCACUGGCAUCAAAUCAGGCCUGUUGAAAGAAGAGUCCUGUUCACUCAUGUUGUUGGGAGUGGGACUGAGACAUGAGCUCUUAUAGGGUAAUUUAUGUAAGAUUAAUAAGUGACUUUUAUGGUUGGGUUUUUGGGUUUUUUCCCCCAGGCUGGGCAGUUCUGUCCCUAAUAAAAUGUUCCCUCAUAUUAAAUUG